AUGGAUGGAGCAAAUCAUUCAGUUGUGUUAGACUUCGUGUUCCUGGGACUGACAAACACUUGGGAGAUUCAAUUUCUCCUCCUGAUGGUCUCCUCCAUUUUUUAUGUGGCAAGUAUGAUGGGAAACUUGCUCAUCAUCUUCACGGUGGCUUCUGACCCUCACUUACAUUCUCCCAUGUACUUUCUGUUGGCCAACCUCUCCUUUAUUGACCUGGGUGUUUCUUCUGUCAUUUCACCUAAGAUGAUUUAUGACCUCCUUAGAAAUCACAAAGUCAUCUCUUUUAAAGGUUGUAUCGCUCAGAUUUUCUUCAUCCAUGUCAUUGGUGCUGUGGAGAUGGUGCUGCUUAUAGCCAUGGCCUUUGACAGAUAUAUUGCUAUAUGUAAGCCUCUUCACUACUUCACUAUCAUGAAACAAAAAAUGUGUAUUUUCCUCCUAGUUGCUGCAUGGAUAAUUGGCUUGACACACUCUGCAAUUCAGCUGGUUUUUGUUGUAAAAUUGCCAUUUUGUGGCCCUAAUGUGUUGGACAGCUUUUACUGUGACCUUCCUCGUUUUAUCAAACUUGCCUGCAUAGACACCUACAGAAUGGAGUUCAUGGUUACAGUCAACAGUGGAUUCAUCUCACUGGGGUCAUUUUUCAUAUUGGUUAUCUCCUACAUUUUUAUUGUAAUCACAGUUUGCAAACAUUCUUCUUCUGGCUCAUCCAAGGCCAUGUCUACUUUGUCAGCUCAUAUCAUGGUGGUGGUUCUGUUUUUUGGUCCCUGUAUCUUUGUUUAUACCUGGCCAUAUCCUACAUCACACCUAGACAAAUUCCUUGCCUUUUUUGAUGCAGUCUUCACUCCGUUUCUGAAUCCAGUCAUUUAUACAUUUAGGAACAAAGAAAUGAAGAUGGCAAUGAAGAAAGCAUGUAGCCAACUUACUAUUUAUAGGAUUUCUUAA